AUGAUCGAUGAUAUCGACGAGAUUAUGAUGCUUUUGAAUUCAAUGCCGGCGGGAAUCAACAAGGAGAACCCAGCUGAGGAGACUUCUUUCGAAAUGAUGAAAAUGCCGCUCGAAAAAUUCGCGCAGUCAUCUGAGGAGAAAAAUGACAAGAAGCAGCGAAUGGACAAAAUAAAGGUAUGCGUACGAUGCAGGCCGAUGAACGAAAAAGAGACCACGGAAAAGGCGCGAAGAUGCGUCGAUGUCUCGGAGAAAACCGGCGAAGUUAGGAUCAACAAAAAAAGCUACUUUUUCGACAAAGUGUUUGGUCCUGAUUCAAGCCAAGUUGCCGUCUACAAAGAGGUCGUUGUUCCAAUCGUCAAGGAAGUGCUCGGCGGUUAUUCUUGUACCAUCUUCGCUUACGGCCAGACUGGUUCAGGAAAAACGUACACGAUGGAGGGAGAGAAAAGAUCCGGCAGCGAGUUUUCGUGGGAAAACGAUCCUCAUUCUGGCAUCAUUCCGAGGACGAUGAACCACAUUUUCGACAAGCUGAAUUCUGGCGACUUCUCGGAAUACGCCGUUCAUGUGAGUCUCAUCGAAAUCUACAACGAUGAAAUCUUCGAUCUUCUCUCUGACCGCCAAGACAUCGAGAAGCUCAAGAUGUUCGACGACCCAAAUAAAAAAGGAGCUGUGAAGAUCAAGGGCGUCAAAGAAUUUGCAGUUUCCAACAAAGAAGACAUCUACGCAAUCAUGGAGCGAGGAUCGCAGAAGAGGAAAGUCACAAAGACGAAGAUGAACGCACACUCAUCGCGAUCACACUGCGUCUUCCAGAUUCAAUUGAGCACGAAGGUGAAAGUCGAGGACUCGGAUGGCAUCGACGAGGACUACAUUCGACAGGGAAAACUCUACCUGGUCGACUUGGCCGGAAGCGAGAAUGUUGGGCGAUCAGUAGCGCAGAAUCAGCAAGCCAGAGAAGCGGGUCAUAUCAACCAGAGCUUGCUUGCCCUCGGGCGAGUUGUUACUGGCCUGGUUGAGGGAUCACCGCACAUCCCUUAUAGAGAGUCGAAGCUAACUCGACUUCUGCAAGACUCGCUCGGCGGAUCAACGAAAACCUGCAUCAUUUCUACUAUCUCGCCGGCCAGCACUUCUCAGGAAGAAACCCUCUCAACCCUCGAUUACUCCGCUAGAGCAAAGAAGAUCUCCAACAAGCCACAGAUCAACCAAGUGAUCAAAAAGCGAGCUUUGAUUGAAAAGUUUGUCAAUCAAAUCAAAGCGCUCAAGGCAGAUCUCGCCGCUUCUCAGCAGAAAAAUAGCGAUUACAUUGACCCAACUGAGUAUGAGAAAAUGAAGGAGGAGUUGGAAGCGCUGAAUCUUGAGAAAGAACAGAUGCUUGUCAAAGACGCGCAAAUUGAGGAAGAGAUGCAAAAGUUGAGAAACGAGAUCGACGACCUAAUUCAGAAAAACAAAGAGCUGAAAAGGAAGUACAAGUCCGUGAAGGCCGAUCUGCACAAAACAGAUUUCCUGAAAGGCGAGCAGCUCAAAGCCAAUCUCAAGCAGUAUCACCUAACAAAAGACCUCUGUACCGAUCUCGACAAAAAUGAGGGCGACAUCGUCGAGCUCCAGCGCGCGCUUGGUUCUUGCAAACAAGUGAUGGAGAAAAACGCGUCAUCGAUCGCGAGAUUUAGAGAGGACGAGAUUCCAGAAUGCAUAAAGCGAUCGGAUUUCGUCCAGAAGAGCACCGAUGCGACUGAGUCUCAUAUGGAGAAGGUCAAGGCGAGUGUCGGUCGAGUGGAAGCGACAUUGAAGGAAGAGUUGGAUUCGCAUGCCAGCGUUUCGCGAAAAGGAUUCGAAGACCUCACCGCAGGUGUGAACGAACUCCUUGCCAGCUUCAAGUCGAAAACCGAAGAAUGCGCUGGCGAAGUCGAAAGCACCUCCGAGCGUCUUCUGAAAAAACUUUUCGAGAGUCUUGAGGAUUUCAAGAUAUCGCAUGACAAGUCGAUCCAGAAGCUGCAGACGAUUACGAACUCUGUCAGCAGUUCUGUUGAGUCACUAAACAGCGAAGUUCUCGAGUCACUCUCUUCCAUCCAGCCAGAGAUGGAAAAUGCGACUUCUGCGAGCGAAGAAUCAACGAAGAUCCUUCGCGAAACAGAGAAAAAGAUGAAGGAGACAAUUGAAGCGACGAUGAGCCAGAUGAUGAGCCAGAUGAUAAGCCAGAUGUCCCAGUGCCUUUCUUCGAAGAGCUCUGCCGACGAAAAGCUCCGGAACGCGGCGAAUUCUGUCUCCAAAUCUGUCGAAAGCGCGAAAGCGACACUCGAGAGCAAGACUGGAGACAUAAAGAACUCACUUGCGGAAUCAAAGAAGACUCUGGUCGAUGUCAACCGACAAACGAGUGCUCACGUUGAGACUUCCAUCGACAAAAAGCAAGCAUACUCGGAAUCGCUCAAGGUCGCUCUUGACAAGAUUACUCAAGAUGCGAGUUGCCACGAGAAGACUUUGUAUUGGCGAGUGAAAACAGCGACCGAGACAUGUACCAGCGAAUUGGAGAAACGCGAACAAGGGCAGAAAAAAAAGCUCUCAGAAAUCAAGGACGAAGUUGGAAAGCUCUUGUCCGAAGGAAAAUCGUUCGCGACUGCUCAAAAAUCUCUUCUGGAGGAAAUCGACGCUUCAAACAAAUCCACUGAAGGCGCCCUCACUUCUCUCUCAUUGGUAGAAUACAACGAGAGCGGAGAAACUCCAGCAAAACGCGAUCGACGAUCUCUUCAGAAGCCUCUGAGCAUCAGGAACGAAGUGCAGAUUCUUCGCGAGUACGAGGAGCCGUCCACAACAAUCGACGAAGAAGAUCUUCCGCAGGAUGAGAGUCUUCCGACAGAACCAGAAGAAGAGCUAGACUCCAAAAACAUCUCCGAGGACUCAAUGGCCUUCGAAUGCCGACAGGCAACAUCAUCUGCUCCUAUGUUUGGGGAAUCGAAAAAGACGCGCUCUAAAAAGCGCAAGGGUCCCAACUCUCCUCUCGUCGAGCCUGCUGGAAAACGAGCGUCUGAUGAACACAUCCAGGCAAAGAAAUUUGGCCCCUCUUAG